UAAAUAACGUCAGUGAAAAUGAAAAAGAAGGAAAAAAAGCAGUGAUGUGAUGCUAGCUAGUGUUGGCGCUCAGUUGGGGUAGCUAAUUCUUGCUAACGCUGUAACACUAGCCCGCAAAGCUAACAUGUACUGCAAAAAUGUAGUGCUUGAAAGUGCUGUACACGGGGGACAGUAAAGGUCGCAGACCUGCUCUGUGGUCAAACCGUCACUCACUCAUAAAGGAGGUUACGAUGAGGCGUAAGGGGUGCGGGACCCCUGAAGCUCUGAGCCCAGACAAUGUCACCAUAAUAAACAUGUUGACAGUGAUCUGCUGGAAAGGGCGUGUUCUCUAUUAGUAAGGCCGGCUAGUGUGAUAUCGGUUAUAAAUGUACCUGAGGUUAUAAUGAAGAAUGUGAAAUGAUCUGUCUGUCAGGAGAUCAUGUAUCAGCUCCCAGUGAACAACCUUACAAGAAUCAGAAGAGCCAGGAAACAAGUGAAAAAAGCACUUGGUGACAUUGGGUUGGAGUUCUGCAAGGAAGCGGCAGAGGAGUUCAAAGAGUUUUGUCCUAAUGAGCAAUUUGUGAAGGGCACUCUUUGCCUUGAUAUCUGCGCAUGGGAUCCAUCAUCCUCUAAAACACAGGAAUACAGAUCAAAGCCAUUUUGCUGCACAGAGUGUCCAUUUUCUUCCAAAUUCUACUCAGGCUACAAGAAUCACUUCCGCAACGUGCACAGGAAAACCUUGGAAAGUAAAAUCCUGCUCAACUGUCCAUACUGCACGUUUAUUGCAAGCAAGAGAACUCUGGAGACACAUGUUAAAAUAUUCCACAUACCCAAUUCAUCACGGCACAAUUAUGGAGGCUCACAGGGAGCUGGGCUGGGAAAAGCCUACCUUGAUCGAUACAAACAGGGAAACGUUGUGGAGAAAGCGAUGUAUUUCUGCAAAAAAUGCACGUUCCGGGACACACUAUACAAUGUGGUGAGAAGGCACAUCUACAGGGAACAUUUUCAGCAUAUUGUCUCACCAUAUCUUGGUAUGAUUCCUGAAUCAUUUGUGAAAAAUGGUGCUAGUUCCGCUAGUGGCAACAACAUCCUCUGUAAAAGAUGCCAGUUUACCACUUGCAGCUACGAGGCGCUGGUGCAGCAUGUUAUUGAGUACCAUGAGCGCAUUGGUGCUCAAGUAACAACCAUGAUUGGACAUGCUAAUAUUGUUGUCUCCAAGUCUCAGCCCUUAGCAGUUACAUCACAGAAGGCUCCUUUGGUUGUCAGCAGACCCCACACACUUAGACCUGAACCAAUUACACAGCCAGUAAUUGGCUAUUUAAAGCCAGUGCGCCCUGUUAUUAAAAAUCAGUCCCCCACUGGAGCCAGUCAGGUGCGUGCCACUGCUCCUGGCACCAGUACAGUGGUUGAAAAUAAUGCUAGUUGUGUAAACACAGCCCAAACACAGAAGUGGAAGAUAUGUACAGUUUGCAAUGAACUUUUUCCUGAAAAUCUGUACAGUGCUCAUUUUGAGAAUGCACACAAGGCGAAAAAAGUGUGGGCGCUGGCCAAGUAUAUCAUGAAAAUCCACAACUUCACCAGCAAGUGUUUGCUUUGUAACCGCUACCUACCCAGUGAUACACUGCUUAAUCACAUGCUCAUCCACGGCUUAACCUGUCCACAGUGUCACUCUGCUUUCCACAAUGUCGAGAAAAUUAUGGAACAUUCAGCUCAGGCACACCCUGAGGAGUUUGUCGGACCCCCUGGUGCAUCACCUCUAACCUUUGACCUUACCAUUAAACAAGAUAAGUCCAGUAAUGUCCAGCUUGCUGUUCUUACGUUUAAUAUGAAGGAACCCAUCAAUGGUCAAGAUCAGUCUGCACCUGCUCAGAAUAGUCUUCCACAUCUUGUCAAACUAGGCGGUCCUAGAAUGAGUGAAAAAAGUGAACCACUUGCUGGAAGUAUCCCUUCACUAAUGCAGACAAGUGAGGUUGGGAAGACCGUAUGUCCGCUGUGUUUCACCAUCCUCAAAGGUCCUAUCUCUGAUGCUUUGGCCAUGCAUCUGAGGGAAAGACAUCAAGUCCUUCAAACAAUGCAUCCAGUUGAAAAAAAGAUGACCUACAAGUGCAUUCAUUGCUUAGGGGUGUACACCAGCAAUAUGGUGGCUUCCACAAUCACGCUGCAUCUCGUGCAGUGCAGGGCUGUCGGUAGGAACCAAGCAAACCAAAGCUUCAAGCCUGGCUUGACGCUCAACUCCUCUGGGGCUGGCUAUCUCAAGAGGCAGCCUUCAACACAGGCCAUGCCUGGCUCCAAAAGGCUAAAACUGGGCAAGGAUGCAAAGAUUUCUUCCACCAUAUUUGGAAAGAAGGCUGAAUCUGAUGGACUUGCUCUAGAUCCCAGAAGCUAUGAGCACAAGACUUAUGAGGCCAGGAAAAGUUUCCUGACUGCCUACUUCAAUCGCCGACCAUACCUUGCUCCUGAAGAAGAGGAAAAGCUGUCUGCAAGCCUGUGGCUGUGGAAGUCUGACAUUGCUAGUCACUUUACAGCCAUGCAAAGCACAUGUGUGAGAUGCUGCAACACCAAGAAGGUGUCAGUGCUGCUCGGCUUUGACAUGCAAGCGCUAAAGAAAGUUAAGCAUAACUUGAUUUUUGAAGACAAAGUUGUUGGCACCUCAGCUAAGAACGCUGGAGGAAUCAGUUGUCAUGCUCCAAAGACAGACCAAAACAAGCAGUGUGGGACACUAAACUGUACUUUAAAACUUAGUACAUGCAUAGAGACCAUUUCCAUAGAUUCAGACAGUGAAACAAACACAGAUGAUAAACCCACUGAGAAUGGAAAUGUCGACACAAAUGAACAUUCGAAUGUACGAUCUAAGGAACUACUAAACGCAACUGAGGAGACAAGAGUUGCAGCUGAUGCUUCUAGGGAGGAGAGCUCUUUACAAGAUGGGAAAGCAAGCCUAGCAGUGUGCCUUGGUUGAGUAUUAAAGGCGUGUAUUAAAACAAGAAUUACUGAUCUACACAUGCAGUUACAAGUUGCCAAGUGGCAUGGGUCAGUAAAUCGUCAGUUCCAGAUAGUGAUUUUUUUCAACAAUGUUGGAAAAAGGUUACAUUAUAGUUAAUAAAUAGCAUAUGUAAGUAGUAGUGUAUAUAUUUUAGCCAUUGCUCCUUGUUAGUUUUUUCAUACGGUCUGUCACUCACUGGUUAGCAGUCACAUCAUAAGAAAUAUGUGUCAACUUAACAACUUGCAUAUUUUUUUUCCCCCAACUGUGACAAAAAUCUGCUUCAUGUUGUUGUUUCACAUUUAGAAAAUGUAGGAUGUCUUAAUUCCUU